AUGUGUGAUCGCAUUUUUUAUCUACAAAUGGCGAAGAAGACAUUUAUCUAUGUUCGCUAAUAUUGAAGAAUUCCUUCAAACUCACAACAAUCUAAUGCCCAUUAGAUACUCUUACUCAGAUAUUAAGAGUAUGACUAAUGGUUUUAAGGACAAGUUAGGGCAAGGAGGAUUCGGAAGUGUAUACAAAGGAAAACUUCGCAGUGGCGAUUUUGCUGCCGUAAAAAUGCUUGACAAGUCCAAAUCUAACGGGAAGGACUUUGUUAGCGAAGUCAGUACUAUUGGGAAAAUUCACCAUGUUAAUAUAGUUCGACUCAUUGGUUAUUGUGUUGAGGGAUCAAAGCAAGCUCUUGUUUACGAAUUCAUGGUUAAUGGUUCUCUUGAUAGAUACAUAUUUUCUGAAGAAAGGAAUAAUUUACUGAGCAAUGAGAAAAUGUACGAGAUUUGUCUCGGUGUGGCUCGAGGUAUUGAUUAUCUCCAUCGAGGCUGUGAUAUGCAAAUCUUGCAUUUUGAUAUUAAGCCGCACAAUAUCCUUCUUGAUGAAAAAUUCAAUCCGAAAAUCUCAGAUUUUGGACUUGCAAAAUUAUACCCAACGUAUAGUAACACGGUGACGCUUACAGCAGCAAGAGAAAGGUAUAUGGCAAUAGGUUAUAUGGCUCCUGAAUUCUGCUACGCAAAUAUAGGAGGUAUUUCCUUUAAAGCUGAUGUGUACAGUUUUGGAAUGUUGUUAAUGGAGAUGGCGGGAAGAAGGAAGAAUGUGAAUGCAUUUGCAGAGAAUUUGAGUCAGAUUUACUUUCCUUCAUGGGCUUAUGAACAUUUUUGUAAAGGAAAGAGCAUUGAGUUAGAAGAUAUUAGUGAGGAGGAAAGAAACACAACCAAGAAAAUGGUUAUAGUUGCAUUAUGGUGUAUACAGUUCAAGCCCAGUGAUCGUCCUCCAAUACAUAAAGCUAUAGAGAUGCUUGAAGGAGAAGUUGAAAGCCUAAUAAUGCCUCCAAAACCUUCUUUUUUCCCAACAGAUAGAGCACAAGAAGAUAUCCAGGUUGAAGAAGAUUCAACUCAAAUAACAAGUCCAUAUUCUGAUUCAGAUUCUAUCAGUUUGGUGCAAAAUGAAUAUUGAGUUGUUUAAUUUAUGU